UUGCGAUCACUUAUAUAUAAAUAAAUAUGUAGGUUAAAUUGUUGUGUACAAAAUUAAAGGGGAAGUAGCUAGAGUGAGAAAAGUGCACAUAAGAUACGUGAGUCUCCUACUCCUAGUGUUCUUACAACAGAUAACAUGCCUCUAUGCAAUAACUCCUCCUGCGAUAUCGCCGUGGCCGUUGCUCUCCUCUUUACUGGUGCUCUAUACAUCUGCUUCUCUUCACGUCUGAUUUCGGACCCUAUCGCCGAUCUCCAACGCAGUGUCAACAAUCAGAGAAGAACAAAGUUUCCGGUGGACGAGCUAGAGGCAGCGUUGGACAGGGCAGCGGCAGGAAACAACAAGACGGUGAUAAUAGCGAUGGUGAACAAAGCGUACGUGGAGGAUGUUGGAGUUGAGAGGACAAUGAUGGAUCUGUUCUUGGAGAGUUUCUGGCAAGGAGAAGGGACUCUGCCAUUGCUGGACCAUCUUCUGAUGGUGGCAGCUGAUCAGACGGCCUACGAUCGUUGUCGUUACAGGAGGCUCCAUUGCUACAAGAUGGAGACCGAUGGUGUUGACUUGGAAGGAGAGAAAGUGUACAUGUCAAAAGAUUUCAUUGAGAUGAUGUGGCGUAGGACUCGGUUGCUUCUAGACGUCCUACGCCGUGGCUACCAUAUAAUUUUCACGGACACGGACGUGAUGUGGCUAAGGAACCCCUUCUCUCGGUUAAGCAACAAUGGUAGCUUGGAUAUACAGAUAAGCGUGGACGGAGGACACGCGAUCAACACGGGCUUCUACCACGUCCGUUCCAACAACAGGACUAUCAAUCUCUUUCAGAAAUGGUACGACAUGAGACUAACUUCAAAGGGGAUGAAGGAACAAGACGUCCUCAAGAAGUUACUCCACUCGGGCUACUUCGACCAGCUCGGUCUCGCUGUUGGCUUCCUCAAGACCACUUUCUUUAGCGGCUUUUGCGAAGACAGCACUGACAUGGGAGCUGUUACCACCGUCCAUGCCAACUGCUGCGUGCAUAUCCCUGCCAAGAUCUCUGAUCUCACCCUUGUUCUUCGUGACUGGAAAAGCUACAAAGCCUCACAUGUCAAUACUAAGUGGAGCCCUCAUGUUAAUUGUCGUCGUUCAUGGAAAGACACCCACUAUACCCCAAAGCACUGACCCUCUUCUCGUUUGUGCUAAUGAGAUUGAUAUAUACAAUUAUACAAACAACACAAUUAAUUAAUUAAGUGCACCUCUUGAUGGUUUCUGUUUCUUGCCCUCCAAUCAAAGAUUAAUCCUAGGCUCCUAGCUAGCUAGCUAGAGGCAAACGCACCAUAUUCUACUCGUGCUACAAAAACAUUGUUUUUAUAGCUUUUACGUGUUUCACAAGCUCCAUUUGUUCAUUGCACUUCUUUCCUUUGAGAAGAUAGUUCUGGCAGCUGUUAACCAUUUGCCUUUUUUGUUUUUUUUUCAAUGUAAAAUAAGAAGAUAUCAAGUUA